AUGACUGCUCUAGCCGACUGGCAUCGGACUGUGCCAUUGCCGUUGAAGCUACACAAUGCGGAAGGUUGCCGCAAUUCAUACAACCGACCUGGAAAUGAAAUGUUCAUCUUGUAUUUUGGAACAAUCAUGCUUGUGCUCUUUCAGCAUGAUAGGACCGAGAACCGCCAUACCUCUGUGUCCCCAGUCACCAUCGCGGCAUCCUCUUGUAUGGUUCGACUUUAUGAGGAGAUCCACCUCCACGAAGACAGCCCUCGGCUCGGCUCCGUUCACGGCUUCUUCCUCAUGCUCGCUGCAAUUCCGCAGAUCUUCCAUCGUACUCAGGUUGCAGAACAGGAACGCCUGCGAGAACGGGAACUGUGGCUCAUAUGCGAAGUCCUGCGUGCCCUCCAUGUUAAGUAUGGUGGCUCCAAUAUGGUGCUGCAGAAAAUCUCAAAGCUCAGAGCUGAGUCGAAUGAUUCACGAGAAUCAGAGCUGCCACCUGCUGCUCCAGCCAACAAUCUAGAGCCUAUUACGGGAGCAAUCGUUGACUACAGACUGCUGUUUCCUUUCCCUGCUAAUUUUUCGCCGAAUAUUGAUCUCCUAAACCAUCAUAUAGAGGGGGACGAUACCCGGAGAAAUGGUGCGAUGGACUUUCUGGCUUUUGAGAGCUCUUUAAUUGACUGGUCGGCCGACGGCUCCUUUUACGGGUCAGACUUUCCUUAG